CACCUGGCAAGGCAGUGGGCACCAAGUCACCAGGCACGACAGCGGGCUCUGAGUCAAUUGGCACGACAACGGGCACCGGGUCAUCAGGUACCGGAUCAUCUGGCUCGACAGCAGGCACCGGUCAUCUGGCGCUGGAUCGUCUGGCUCGACAGCGGGCAUCGGGUCACCAGGCAUGACAGCGGGAACUGGGUCAUCAGGCAUUGGAUCGUCUGGCUCGACAGCGGGCAUCGGGUCACCAGGUACCGGAUCGUAUGGAUCAACAGCGGGCAUCGAGUCAACUGGCCUAAUAGGAUCAUCAGGCUGGAUCAGUUCAUCAUGCUGGGUAGAGGCAGCAGGCUGAUUGGAGGCAGCAGGCUGAAUAGAAGCAUCAGGCUGAAUAGAGGCAUCAGGCCGGGUAGAGGCAUCAGGCCGUUUAGAGGCAUCAGGCUGGGUAGAGGCAUCAGGCCGAAUGGAGGCAUCAGGCCGAAUGGAGGCAUCAGGCCGAAUGGAGGC